AUGGCUUCCAAGUCUCUCUACGCUAUCAUCGCAGGCGUCGGUCCAGGCACAGGUCGAUCUGUCGCUUUGCGCUUCGCUCAGAAAUAUCCUGUUGUUCUCUUUGCUCGUCGUCCGGAGAGUUAUGAAUCUACUCUUGCAGAUGUUGAAAAGGCUGGUGGCAAGGCCAUCGGCAUCAGCGCGGAUGUCGCCGAUCCAGAAUCGUUGAAGAAGGCAUUUGACGACAUCAACAAGCAAUUCCCAGACUCUCAGCUCGCGGCAGCGGUAUACAAUGUCGGAAGCGGCGGUUUCGCAAAGAAGCCUUUCCUUGAACUCACUGAGAAGGAUUUAAAUGCUUCUCUCGAUGGAUCAAUCCGAUCAUUCUUCCACUUUGCUCAAUCUACAAUCCCGCAUCUGCUCGACGCUGUGCCAAACUCGCACUACCCUCCGACACUGAUCCUCACGGGCGCUACAGCCUCAAUCAAGGGCAGUGCCCAAUUCAGUACCUUUGCAGCAGGAAAGUGGGGACAGCGCGCGAUGCAUCAAUCUUUGGCGAGGGAGUUUGGACCAAAGGGUGUUCAUAUUGCGCAUGCUGUUAUUGAUGGUGUCAUUGAUAUCCCGAGGACGAAGGAGUGGGCUGCGAAUAACGGUGUUGAGGAUGGGAAGAUUAGUCCUGACGCGAUUGCUGAGGCGUAUUGGAAUUUGCAUACGCAGCAUCGAUCAGCUUUUACGCAGGAGAUUGAUAUCCGUCCCUAUGUUGAGACGUGGUAA